AUGGAUGAAGAUCGUAAACACACUGCAUUCCCUGUUGAACAGGACAUCUACAAAAAGAUCGAAAGGGAAAGAAACAUUAUACUGGGUUCGAAUCAAUUGAAGAAAAAGACUGAUAAUGUCAUGGUCAUACAGAAAUGCAACACCAAUAUUAGAGAGGCUCAACAAAAUAUAGAGUACUUGGAACAAAUUCUAGCUAAGUUGAGAGUCAGUCAACAGCCAGACAAUACUCCUACCAGCCAGAAUGCUAGCAAUCAUCCCGGUUUUGGUCAGCUAUCUACAAUAUCACCAGAUGAGUUUAGAUACUCUAGACUAGAUCUGGUAAAGUACGAUUGUCCAUCUUUGUCGCAAAGAAUUCAAUACAUGCUCCAGCAGUUGGAGUUCAAAUUGCAAGUUGAAAAGCAAUAUCAAGAGGCUAAUGAUAAGUUAACUAAACUCUACCAAAUUGAUGGAGACCAGCGGAGUAGCAGUGCUGCACAAGGUGGAUCUGUUGAAUCUAAACACAGGAUUCAGCUCUUAACAAAAUCAUUGAAAAAAUAUCAGGCCAUCAACGUUGAUAUCGAUCCUUUCAAUGAUCACACAGAAGAAGCAACUCAACCAAAGUUUAGGAGAAAACAACUAUCAGGUACUCUGACUAUCGGUGUUACUGCAAUUAGAGAUGUUGAUCAUAUCCAAUCCCCUCUAUUCUCGAGAAAGCCAGAGACAUUUAUUACUAUCAAAGUCGAUGAUGUGGUAAAAGCGAAGACAAAACCAUCGAGAAAUGAUAGGUGGCACGAAGAUUUUAACAUAGUCAUAGACAAAGGUAACGAGGUAGAAGUUACAAUAUAUGAUAAGGUUAAUGACAGAAUUGUACCAGUAGCUGUCAUGUGGUUAUUACUUGCCGACAUCGCUGAAGAAAUUCGGAAAAAAAAAGUCGGUCAACAGCAAAAGCAAGGAAAAAGCCACGCUGAAUGGAUGCAGGCCUCUAGACUUCCACCUUCUCAACCUGCGAAUAAUACAGCUGUAAUUACAAAGGAUUUACCGCAAUUACCCGAUGCUGGAAUCCCCACGGAGGAUAGAGAAGCAAACGACACCCACACGCAGAGUUUAACCACAAAUACAUGGUUCAUCUUGGAACCUGCCGGGCAAAUAUUAUUGACACUUGGUUUCAAUAAGUCAAACACUACACAAAGAAAGACCUUCAUGGGUGGAUUACAUCGUCAUGGUGCUAUUGUCAACCGUAAAGAGGAUAUCUUUGAGCAACAUGGGCACCAUUUUGUCCAAAAAUCGUUCUACAAUGUCAUGUGCUGUGCAUAUUGCGGUGAAUUUUUACGGUAUAGUGGCUAUCAAUGCCAGGAUUGCAAGUUCUUAUGCCAUAAGAAGUGCUACGCGCAUGUGGUUACAAAAUGUAUUGCUAAAACAAGUACCGACUCAGAUCCUGACGAGACGAAACUUAACCACCGUAUCCCUCAUAGGUUUGAACCUGUUUCAAAUCGGGGUACGAAGUGGUGUUGCCAUUGUGGGUAUAUUUUACCAUGGGGUAGAAAGAACGUCAGAAAAUGUACUGAAUGUGGGGUUAUGUGCCAUGCUCAAUGUGCUCAUUUAGUUCCAGAUUUCUGUGGUAUGUCGAUGGAAAUGGCCAACAAAGUUUUGCUAACUAUUCAGGAUACUAAGCGUACUCAGCAGCAGAGAGGAUUCAGUGGCAUCAAAGUGAAUAAUAAACCCAAACCAAUUUCUAAAGGCUUUGAUGGGCUAAAUAACAGGUUUGAGACCUCUUUUGAUCAUGAUGAUAUGCAUACAUCCGUUAUCAAGCCAACUACGCCUUCAGAAGCAAGAAAAGACCUAGUGACGGAUCGUUUGAAUAACUUUAUAACGCAACAUGAUAGCCAUUAUGACUCAUUCACCAGCAAUGUGGAAACCAGCUCGCCAGAUCACGGGAAUUACCAACAUAGCUUGGACCCCGGUUUGUCUCCUGAUUCAAUGAAAAAGAUUCAAUUCGAUGCUGCUCAUAUAAGUAAUCUUCCGCAGGCUCAUGCGCAAGAGCAUUUUGCGCAAGAAUAUGAAGGAAAUUAUGAAAAUAAGCACCCUAAUAAGCAAGACAGCGGAUACGUACAAGAUUAUGGAUAUGAAGAGGAAUUAGACGAUUCAGAGCAAUCUCACUAUGAGCUUAGAGAGAGAUUGAGAAAGGAAGAAGAAGAGAGAUGGUACAAUGAACAAAACAUGUUACAACAAGAGCAGCAACAACAAACAUACAGUACUGGGGACGUUGAGCUUGCCACCAAAAAGGGUGAUUACGACAUAAUUGAAGAAACCGCCGAUGUCACAGAUGAUCAAUAUUCACCGCCAGCCCAAUAUGAGGACCUCGAAUACAGUCUCUCUACGACAGAAACUCCUGAGUUGCAUGCCGCUGAUAUUGCCAACAUAACAGGAAAAAGUUCACCAUCUUCACCACAAAAAUCAUACACCAGCAGUACAAAGCAUAAGAAAAAAUCCUCCAAAAGGAGAAAGGUGUCUCUAGAUGACUUCAUUUUACUAAAAGUAUUAGGAAAAGGUAACUUUGGUAAGGUCUUGCUAGCAAGAUCCAAAAAUACUAGUAACCUUUGUGCGAUUAAAGUUUUGAAAAAGGAUAAUAUCAUCAAGAACCAUGAUAUUGAAAGUGCUAGGGCAGAAAAGAAAGUGUUUUUGCUUGCUACGGAAACUAAGCAUCCGUUCCUGACAAACCUAUACUGCUCCUUCCAAACAGAAAAUCGUAUUUAUUUUGCAAUGGAAUUCAUUGGAGGUGGCGACUUGAUGUGGCAUGUCCAAAAUCGAAGACUAUCUGUCAGAAGAGCGAAGUUCUAUGCUGCAGAAGUUUUACUUUCCUUAAAGUACUUCCAUGACAAUGGUGUUAUAUAUCGUGAUUUGAAACUAGAAAACAUUCUCUUAACUCCCGAAGGUCAUAUAAAGAUUGCUGAUUACGGUUUGUGCAAGGAUAAUAUGUGGUAUGGGAAUAAAACCUCAACAUUUUGUGGUACACCCGAGUUUAUGGCGCCAGAAAUCUUGAAGGGCCAAGCGUAUACAAAAGCAGUUGAUUGGUGGACUUUUGGUGUAUUGUUAUACCAGAUGCUGUUAUGUCAAUCGCCGUUCUCUGGAGAAGACGAAGAUGAGGUCUUUAAUGCCAUUCUUACCGAUGAACCCUUGUAUCCAAUUGAUAUGGCCGGUGAUAUUGUUCAAAUUUUCCAAGGCCUAUUAACGAAGGAUCCCGAAAAGCGUUUAGGUGCUGGUCCUAAAGACGCUCUUGAAAUCAUGGCGGAGCCGUUCUUUAGCAAUAUCAACUUUGACGAUAUUCUAAAUCUUCGUGUUGAACCACCUUUCGUUCCCGAAAUCAAGGCCGCAGAUGACACAUCGUACUUCGAAAAAGAGUUUACUUCGGCUCCUCCAACCCUAACACCACUACCAUCCGUAUUAAGUUCUGUUUUACAAGAGGAAUUCCGUGGCUUUUCCUUCAUGCCCGAAGACUUGCAGUUAUAA